UAAUUUGAUCUCUGCCUUGUCACUGGGUUCAGAAUUCACUCAGCCAAUCUGAGAAGUGCCUAAUUUAUUUAACAAACACAUCAACAGCGCUUACUGUAUGUUUGGCUCUUUUCUAAGUGCUUCAUAAAUAUUAAAUUAUAGCGGUUCUAGCAAGGAAGAGUUUGCGUGCGUACUUGAGCUCUCCAAAUGCCAUUGCAAGACUAGAAACAUUUGAGCAAGUUUCCGGUGUAUUUUAAGACUCGUUGUGCCUACUGGCUACCAAUCCUGUAAGACCAGCCGCAACCCUUCCACUCCCUGGGGGAAGGGAGUCUGCAUCUCCUGGAAUGCGACCUGUUCCUUGUAGAUCUUGGUCAGAUCCUCAGGGGCUUCUGUAAGAUGGUCUCCUUCAUCCCACACGUGCCUGUCAGCUAACUCUGGAGAGACCACAACUUCCCUCUUUCUUCAACUGCACUGCAUGGAGCCUAAUCUUGUUUUUAAAAGAAGGUUGCAUGAUGGAAUUUGAACAUUACCUCGAGAGGUUUUAUAUUUUGGAUUAGUUAAUUGUGUUUGUCCUCUGCUGACUGUUUCUUCGGAUUCAGUUUUUGGUGUCCUUUUGAGGCAUUAAACCCAAAGAGAUUAUACCAUGGACUACAAGGAAAGCUGCCCAAGUGUUAGCAUUCCCAGCUCUGAUGAACACAGAGAGAAAAAGAAGAGGUUUACUGUUUAUAAAGUUCUGGUUUCAGUGGGCAGGAGCGAGUGGUUUGUCUUCAGGAGAUAUGCAGAGUUUGAUAAGCUGUACAACACUUUAAGGAAACAGUUUCCUGCUAUGGCCCUAAAGAUUCCUGCCAAGAGAAUAUUUGGUGAUAAUUUUGAUCCAGAUUUUAUUAAACAGAGAAGAGCAGGACUGAAUGAAUUCAUUCAGAACUUAGUGAGGUACCCAGAGCUUUACAACCAUCCAGAUGUCAGAGCAUUCCUCCAAAUGGACAGUCCAAAACAUCAGUCAGAUCCGUCCGAAGAUGAGGAUGAAAGAAAUACUCAGAAGCUACACUCUACCUCACAGAAAAUCAACCUAGGACCGACUGGAAAUCCUCAUGCCAAACCAACAGACUUUGAUUUCUUAAAAGUUAUUGGAAAAGGCAGCUUUGGCAAGGUUCUUCUUGCAAAACGAAAACUGGAUGGAAAAUUUUAUGCUGUCAAAGUGUUACAGAAAAAAGUUGUUCUCAACAGAAAAGAGCAAAAACAUAUUAUGGCUGAACGGAAUGUGCUCUUGAAAAAUGUGAAACAUCCAUUUUUAGUUGGAUUACAUUAUUCUUUCCAGACAACUGAAAAGCUUUACUUCGUCCUGGAUUUUAUUAAUGGAGGGGAGCUGUUUUUUCACUUACAAAGAGAACGGUCCUUUCCUGAACACAGGGCUAGGUUUUACGCUGCUGAAAUUGCCAGCGCAUUAGGUUAUUUGCACUCCAUCAAAAUAGUGUACAGAGACUUGAAACCAGAAAAUAUUCUUUUGGAUUCAGUAGGACAUGUUGUCUUAACUGACUUUGGGCUUUGUAAAGAAGGAAUUGCAAUUUCUGAUACCACAACAACAUUUUGUGGGACACCAGAGUACCUUGCACCCGAAGUAAUCAGAAAACAGCCCUAUGACAAUACUGUGGAUUGGUGGUGCCUUGGUGCUGUUCUGUAUGAAAUGCUAUAUGGAUUGCCUCCUUUUUAUUGCCGAGAUGUUGCUGAGAUGUAUGACAAUAUUCUUCACAAGCCCCUAAAUUUGAGGCCUGGAGUGAGCCUCACAGCCUGGUCCAUUCUAGAAGAACUCCUUGAGAAAGACAGGCAAAAUCGGCUCGGUGCCAGAGAAGACUUUCUUGAAAUUCAGAAUCAUCCUUUUUUUGAAUCACUCAGCUGGACUGACCUUGUACAAAAGAAGAUUCCACCACCAUUUAAUCCUAAUGUGGCCGGACCAGAUGAUAUCCGGAACUUUGAUGCAGCAUUUACAGAAGAAACAGUUCCAUACUCUGUGUGUGUGUCCUCUGACUAUUCCAUAGUGAACGCCAGUGUGCUAGAGGCAGAUGAUGCAUUCCUCGGCUUCUCCUAUGCACCUCCUUCAGAAGACUUAUUUUUGUGAACAGUUUGCCAUUCAGAAAACAGCAAGCAAAUGUAAACCUACGGAUGGGACUGAAAUACCUAUUUGUGUGAAUAUAUAAAAAUUAUGUCUAACUAGUGCCUCAUUUUUACAUGUAAUGUUGAAAACUAUGAAAAAUGUAUUUUCUGCUAUAUGCAAGAAAAUAGGGCAUUUCAAAGAGCUAAGUUUUGAAUUAAAAUUUGUGUUCUUGUUUAUUAAGCUUAUUUUUAACAGAAACUUUAAAAGCUAUUAUUCUUAGCAUUAACCUAUUUUUUAAGAAAACUCGUUUGCUAUUGACUGUUUUUUCCCUCUGAGUUUACACUAACAUCUACCCAAACUAGACUGUUUCUCAAGAAUCUAUUUCAGUUCAGUUAAUAUAUAUUAAUGUCUUUGUAACUGUACUCUGAGUUUCGUUUUCAAGUCAGAACUAUGCAAUUGGUACAUGGUGGUUUAAGAAGAAACCAUAUCUUUCCACAUUAAAUCACUAUUUGAAAUAAUCAAGUCACGGUAGAAUUGUAAAAGCUUAAUUAACAUAUUGGCUACUCGUUAAACUUCGAAUAACUGGUCAUUCUUCAGAUCGUUUAAGAAUUAACAAAAAGAAAUCCUUUUGCUUUUGAAAUACCAGUUCAAAUUUGUGAAUUAUUUUUUCUCCAGAGGAAAAGGAGAAGUUUAAUAGUUAGAAAUUUUAAGUGUUCCCAAAGACCUGAAGAGUAAUAAGUACAGCUGGGUAUUUUUUAGGUGGUGCCAAAAAUGGAUGUUUCUGUGUCAUGUAUUUAUAUUGCACGUAUAUUCUAUUUAUUUUCACAUUUUUAGUUUUUGGUCUUGUGAAUGUUUAAUACACUGUUAAGUAGGUCUAAAUCUUGGCAUUUGCUUUUGCAAACAACUGUUUCAGAACUGUCUUCCUAAUUAGUUGAUAAGUGAAAAAAAUUAGAGCUUUUUAGAGUAUUUACCUAAUUGGGAAUUAAAAAGUAUAGAGUAUGAAAUUCUAGGUCAAUAUAAGUAUAUACAGUUUCAUUAUGAUAUAACAAAAGUUAAAAAUAAUUCAAGCAGAUGCAUAUUUAGAAUCUUAUGUCUGUUAGAAAAAGUAUAAGAAACUGACCUUAAAAUCAUUACAUAGAGUCAGGAAGGACGUUGGUGUUGAGGGAGAAGAACCACCAUGUCUGUCUUCCAGUGUUGUGACGAAACCUCAGAUACAAGGCCUCUGGCCAAGCGUCUGUGAAUUCGUGUUGUUGGAACAAUCAUUAUGUCCCUGGGGGUUGCAACUCUGUAAGCAUGCAGUAGCUGAACCAAGAAAGAAGGCAUAUGCAGAUUUCUGCAGAAAUUAUGAUUCCAUGAAGAAUUUUGAGGAGAUGAAGAAAGCUGGUAUCUUUCCAAGUGUAAAAUGAUUUUGGAAUGUAAAGAAUUUCUUUGGACCAAGUUCCAUGAAAGUUGUCACUGACCUGUGUUCUUGAACUAUGAAGCAUGACUCUGUGGGCUAAGGAAUAGUUCUCUUGGAAAAUAAACAAUUAACAACAACAACAACAAAAAAAAACCAUUACAUAACUGCUAACUCAUGCACUUGUAAAAGAGAAUAAUUACAGAAAAACUAAAAAAGAAGGCUUAACCUGGAAUUCUUAGUUUGAUGUGAUUUUUAAAGUCAUGUAGGAAACAUCAUUGUGGAAGGGUUUAGUGAUCCAGUUUCAGUGCUCCAAGAACAAGCAUUCUUUCCAUGUAUUUGUCUUGAGAAAGAAAUCACACAAAAAUAUUUCACAUCAGUUCCCCCUUGGCUUAAAAAUGUUUAGCAGAAUCGGAGGGGGAGUGCUUUUGUUAAAUUAAUACUGUUUACAUCCAAUACACUGAAUCUUCCUUCAGAGGUAAGACUUUAAUAUUUACACUGUAAAUAUUUGGUUUAUUUGGCACUACUGUAAAUAAGUUGUGUAAGUUCUGCUUUUACACAAAGUUCCUUGCUUACUAUAGAGCAAAAUAAAAAUUAGCUUCUUGUACGAUUUUUCUUCUCAGCCACUCCUUAAUUAAACUGCCAAAAAUGGAAGUGCAAUAUUAUAUAUUUUUAAGAACAAAUUUUAAAUAGAAUUUUGAUGUUUCUCAGAUCUCAAGAAAUCUAUAUAGAUAAUAAAAGAUUAAUGAUCAACUAAUGCCUGUUGUUAUUUGAAAUUAAUAUAAUGGUUACGGUGAUCAUUGCAAAAAUAAUGUGUGUGACAGAGAAGAACGUAAAAUUUUAACAGAAAAUAUGUGGACACAUGUAAAUUACUAAAUUAUCAUAGGUUGGCAUUUUUAACUUUAGGGAACAAAACCUCUUCCAGAUUUUAAGUUUAUCUCGUCUCUGAGAGCAUGCCAGUUUUUUAGAAAUACAGUCAUGCGUUGCUUAACAUCCAAGAUAGGUUCUGUGAAUAGGAUGUUAUAUAAUUUGAAUGUUGUGUGAAUAUCAUAUUAUAUACUUAGCAAAGCUAUAUGGGAAGACUUUUGUUUCACUUCCAAAUCAAUGCUUCUUCUUUGCCUCUUGCUGCUGCUAAUCACUAGCACUGGUUUUGCUGCCUUUGGGAGCCAUGAUACACUUCACGGUAAUACUUUUGAAAGAAACAGAUCACACUAAACACUCAAGAAACAUGCAAUAUACAAGAUUGGAUGCUGCUGCCUACGAGUCAAAGCAUACACUGUUAUACAGUGAACUU